UUACCAUUUCCCCACUCUGCCGACAUUCAGUGAAUGCACCAUGCUAGACGUUGGGGGGAAUUGGACAUUGACAUUAAAACGGUUUUGACUUGUGGCGAACUUUUCUGCCGUCUGUAGAUUCACACCCUGCUGCCGAGCCUCACAAUAAAACACGGCUGAGCCAUGGCCAGCAUUCAGAUCCGGAAGUAUCGGGAUGAUGACGCUGAGGCAGUGAAGGAGAUGUUCACCCUGGGGAUGAGUGAGCACGUCCCUUCGUCCUUCAUGCACCUCCUGAAACAGCCGCUGACCCAAAUGGUGCUCAUGUGUUCGUUCUGCGCUCUCAUGACCAGCUCCAAGUCCUUCCUGCUGCCCAUCCUUGCUAUCACUCUCCUCUUGGCCGGGGCCCGGCAGUCAGUCGUCUACAUGUUCAACAGAUACAUCGAUCGUUCCCUCAGCGAGGACCUCAACAACAUCAGUGAGAGCUACCUGGAGCAGAAAAACUCGUGUUUUUGGGUGGCUGAAAGUGACGGUCGGGUGGUUGGCUCAGUGGCUUGUCUGCCUGCUAGGAAAAUGGCCGGGUGCUUGGAGCUGAAACGCAUGUCAGUGCGGCGCAGUCACCGCGGGAUGGGCAUCGCUAAGGCUCUGUGUCGGACGGUGGCUGAUUUUACUCAAGAAAGAGGAUUUCCAGCAGUCGUCCUGUACACCUCUGUGGUGCAGACGGAUGCUCAGAAGCUGUAUGAGCACAUGGGCUAUGAGAAGAUAAGAGAGUUUGUCGUUCCUGAGCUCAUUGCCAAAAUCACAAACUUUACACUCAUUGAGUACAGACUGGAUUUACAGAAAGAUGGGAAAAAGGACUGAGUGUUCUUAAACGGAAACAAAAGGCUGUGUAACACAUCAGGGGGACAGUACCGUCCAUUCUCCCAGUUUCUAUGCUUAUGUCUACCCAGCAUGCAUUGCAGUUACGGCAACUAAACUCUCAGGACAGGUCAGGUAACAUGAGGAACUGUUUACUGAAAACACCCAAGGUAAAAGGUCAGGCAUGUUAUCCUCUUCUUCCAGACACACAGGACAGAUUAAUCAAUUAUCGUUGUGUUUUGCAGAAACACAUUUUUUUUUAAAUUCUUGAUAGAAAUGUCCAUGUUCAUGCUGUUAAAGGUCUAUGUUGAUAAGCUUCUUGAAAGUUAUUUGAUUAUUUAAUUUUGUAAAUGGUUUUCAUUUUACAUGACACUGAGAAUAAAUUGAUAGAUCUGAACACGCUC